UCUUUCAUAACACAAGAUUCUGGUGAUCGGGACCUUCUGGUGAAACACCUGCGGCUCUUUGACGUACCAGUUUUGAAUUAUACUGGCAAUGAUGGCCAGCGAAGUGAGCCUUUUGAAAUUUCUGAAGAUAUGUGUGCUCUUGGCAUCUAUUCCCGGCUAGAUCAAAUUUUUGAUGCUCCUGUUGCUGUGAAGGAGGUUUUGAUUGGCCAGUUUAAUCUAGAUCAUUCAUAUGUUGGAUCCAAAGAAACUGAUAAGAAUGCUGAUGAUGCCCCCAAAUUGGGAAUUAUAGAUUUAUGGACACCAGAAAAUCACUACCAUUGGUCCAAGUCUAGGUAUGGGAAUCAUGUCUCAGCAGUUGUUGCACAAGUGGAAAGCUCGCAGCUUCUAUUGAAUAAUUUGAAUCUGGGAGAAAUUGAGAAGCUGAGUUCCCAGGAAAGGAAGCUUCAAGAUUUGAUUGCUACCUUGGAGGAAAGUGUUAAAACGUUUCAGGAUGAGGAAAGAAGCUUAGUGAAUCAAGCAGCUAAUCUUCGUAAACAGUGGGAGGGCAUUAGUAUUACAGCCCAGAAUGAGAAUAGAAAACGUCAAGCAAUCAUUAGCCGAAUUGAUCAAAGGAAAGGGAUACUAAAAUCGAUGGAGGAGCAGGAUGAUAUUGAUACGGAGAUAGCAAAGCUGGCUGAUCAGGCUACAAAAUAUAACAUUCAGCGAUUCCAUAAUGCAAUGAAAAUUAAGGAUCUUCUUGUUGAUGCUGUGGGAUAUCGAAGGAGUUUUGUUGAACAACGUAUGGCUUUCAUUGAAUUUGAUGCAAAGAUUGGAGAAUUGGAGGCCAAUGUGAAACAGCAUGAGAAUUUUGCUGUGCAAGCAUCAUUGCAGUUUGAUAUCUGUAAGAAAGAGGCUGAAAAUUGUAGACAGAAGCUUACAGAUACCUUGAAGUAUGCUAAAUCAAUUGCUCGGCUUACACCUCAACUAGAGAAGGAAUUUCUUGAGAUGCCUACUACAAUUGAGGAAUUGGAAGCAGCUAUCCAAGAUACCGCUUCUCAAGCCAAUUCAAUCCUGUUUGUCAAUCAUGACAUAUUGGAACAAUAUAUGAAUCGUCAACGACAGAUAGAAGAUCUUGCAGCAAAACUUGAAGCAGACAAGGAGGAAUCUAUAAGGUGUUCAGCUCAAAUAGAUAACAUUAAGGGAAAAUGGCUUCCAUCACUGAGAAACCUUGUGUCGCAGAUAAAUGAAACCUUCACCCGUAAUUUUAGUGAGAUGGCUGUUGCGGGAGAAGUUUCACUAGAUGAGCAUGGCAUGGACUUCGAUCAAUUUGGAAUAUUUAUAAAAGUCAAAUUCAGGGAAAACGGAAAGCUUCAAGUUCUCAGUGCCCAUCAUCAAUCUGGCGGGGAACGAUCAGUUUCAACUAUUGUUUAUCUUGUAUCCCUUCAAGAUCUUACAAAUUGCCCAUUUAGAGUUGUAGAUGAGAUCAACCAAGGCAUGGACCCAAUAAAUGAAAGGAAGAUGUUCCAGCAACUAGUGAGAGCAGCAAGCAAGCCAAAUACGCCACAGUGUUUCUUGCUUACACCGAAGUUGUUACCAGAUCUGCAGUAUAGUGAGGCAUGCAGUAUCUUGAAUGUAAUGAAUGGCCCUUGGAUUGAGCAACCCUCAAAGGUCUGGACUACUGGUGAUCGAUGGGGUAUUAUCACGGGACGUGUUGGAGAGACCCAAUGUUAAAAGGUAAAACACUAGGGUGUUACGCCAUAGUGGGGGAUCUAUGCAAGCUUGCGGGGUCUGCUUAGCUUUUUUCGGAUGUAUAUUUUUUCGGAGGAAAAAAAACUUAGCAUUUGAACGAACAUGCUUUUGUUUCAUUGGUUUUUAAUGGAAAUAUGUAAUAUUGUAAAUAUCUUAUUUAUUUAUGCCGUGAUGAUAA